GGAUGAGAAUCGCAAGCAAAAUGUGAAGGUUGAAACUUUGCGAAGGGUAAACUAGGAACAACAAUAGUAGUAGUAGGAAACAACAAAUAGUUUUGCAUCAUCAGGGAAAAGGAAAACGGCAAUGAUGGAGGUUAGCAACAGCGUAGAGGAGUUAGCGAUUGGGUGCAUACUCUCGAUCAGGACAACAUUGGGUGACGAAUUCGAAGGCCAAGUUGUCACCUUCGAUCGCCCCUCCAACAUCCUCAUACUUCAACAAGGUUCCAAACAUGGCCCUCAUCGAAAUUUCAGGUUGUUGAAGGCCAAUUACAUCAAAGAUUUCACUUUUCUAGGUCAAGCCGAAGACCCACUUGAUCCAACCAACUGUUUCCUUGAUCUCACCGCUCUCCAAGCUAGGGAAGUUGUUGCCAUCAGACAAGCCGAGGCAGAUGCUGAGAGGAUUGGGGUUGGUGUUACCAGUGAGGCGCAGAGCAUCUUUGAUGCUUUGUCUAAAACGCUUCCAGUCCGCUGGGACAAGACGGUCAUAGUUGUUAUGAAUGAGGUGCGUGUUGGCAGUCCUUAUAACUCGGAUUCUGUGAUUGGAGGUACUCCUGCUGCAAAUGACCGAGUGAAGAAAGUGCUCGAGUUCGAGAGGAAGAGGUUGCAACUUCGCGGUUCUGGUGGUCUGUAAAAUUAGACAUUUGCAUCCUAUUAUUAUCAGGAAAAGGAUGAAACAUGAUGGAUAUGUUGCUAUUAAGAAAACCCUAUACAAGAGGGUUUUUUCAAGACAUUCUUUCAGAUAUCUUUUGAUUAUCUGCUGUCUUGAGCUGUCAAGUUCUGUCAUGGUUUUGGAGUUCAUUUGAGGUAGUUCCUCCAGAUUCUUUCCAAGAGUGAAUGAAUCUGAAGCAUAUAAAUUUAUGUUGUUGUGUUAGACUUGGAACCCAAAUAGGUGUCUGGUUUUUAUAAUUUAUGGGUUUGCCUUUGAUAAGAUUAACCAAUUACAAUGAGCUAACAUGACUCCAAUUGAGUUUAAUUCAUUCCUUAUAUUAAAAAUCAAAUGCUUUGGAUUAA